GGGCGGAGGCGGCCGCUAGCGCCGGGCCCGGUGCCGCCUCCCAGGCGCGCUCGCCCGCAGACCGGCCGGCGGCGGACCCGGCCCCAGGUGGCGAGCCGCGCGCCGGGGAGACUCCAGAGGACACCUCGGAACCACUUCCUCCUCCGCCUCCUCGCCGCCCAGGCGCAGCCCGAGGCCCGGCCUCCUCGGCGAAGGGACGGCUGGCGGCCAGACCUGCGGGGACCGGGACGCUGCCUCCAGCUCCCGGCAGCGGGUGGGCGCGGGCCGGGCGGCCGGCGCCGCUGGGCAGGAUGGUGGACACCGAGAGCCCGAUCUGCUCCCUCUUCCCCCUCGAGGCCGACGACCUGGAGAGCCCGCUGUCCGAGGAGUUUCUCCAGGAAAUGGGGAGCAUCCAGGACAUGUCCCAGCCCAUCGGCGAGGACAGCUCCGGCAGCUUCAGCUUCACCGACUACCAGUGCCUGGGGAGCGGCCCCGGGUCCGAGGGCUCCGUCAUCACGGACACGCUCUCCCCGGCUUCCAGCCCCUCAUCCGUCUCUUACCCCGUGGUCCCCGGCAGCGCCGACGAGGCCUCCAGCACAGCGCUCAACAUCGAAUGCAGGAUCUGUGGGGACAAAGCCUCGGGCUACCAUUACGGGGUUCACGCGUGUGAAGGCUGCAAGGGCUUCUUCCGGCGAACCAUCCGCCUGAAGCUGGCGUACGACAAGUGUGAGCGGAGCUGCAAGAUCCAGAAGAAGAACCGGAACAAGUGCCAGUACUGCCGCUUCCACAAGUGCCUGUCGGUCGGGAUGUCCCAUAACGCAAUCCGUUUUGGACGAAUGCCAAGAUCCGAGAAAGCGAAACUGAAAGCAGAAAUCCUCACGUGUGACCACGACGUGGACGAUUCGGAAACCGCGGACCUCAAGUCGCUGGCCAAGCAGAUCUACGAGGCCUACCUGCGGAACUUCAACAUGAACAAGGCCAAGGCCAGGGUCAUCCUCGCGGGCAAGGCCAGCAACAACCCGCCCUUCGUCAUCCACGACAUGGAGACGCUGUGCAUGGCCGAGAAGACGCUGGUGGCCCAGCUGGUGGCCAACGGCAUCCAGAACAAGGAGGCGGAGGUGCGCAUCUUCCACUGCUGCCAGUGCACGUCCGUGGAGACCGUCACGGAGCUCACGGAGUUCGCCAAGGCCAUCCCCGGCUUCGCGGGCCUGGACCUCAACGACCAGGUCACGCUGCUCAAGUACGGCGUGUACGAGGCCAUCUUCGCCAUGCUGGCCUCCGUGAUGAACAAGGACGGCAUGCUGGUGGCCUGCGGCAACGGCUUCAUCACCCGCGAGUUCCUCAAGGGCCUGCGGAAGCCCUUCUGCGACAUCAUGGAGCCCAAGUUCGACUUCGCCAUGAAGUUCAACGCCCUGGAGCUGGACGACAGCGACAUCGCCCUGUUCGUGGCGGCCAUCAUCUGCUGCGGAGAUCGCCCGGGCCUCCUGCACGUGGGACAGAUCGAGAAGAUGCAGGAGGGCAUCGUGCACGUGCUCAGGCUGCACCUGCAGGGCAACCACCCGGACGCCGCCUUCCUCUUCCCCAAACUCCUGCAGAAGAUGGCGGACCUGCGGCAGCUGGUCACGGAGCACGCGCAGCUGGUGCAGGUCAUCAAGAGGACCGAGGCGGACGCCGCGCUGCACCCGCUGCUGCAGGAGAUCUACCGCGACAUGUACUGAGGCCCCGGGCGCGGGAGGAGCUGCUCCGCGGGGAGCGAGGCCCGGCCGCCUCGCCCCGGGCCCCGGGCCCCCAUCCCCACCGCCUGCCGUCCUCGCCGGCCGCAGCCCGGGAGCGUGCAGAGGCGGCUGGGAGAAGCCUGCCUGGCGUGAAUCCAUCCGAUGGCCCCGACGAAAGCGCCUUCGCGAUCCCCACUGAACCCCCGGACCGCACAGCAGCGCUGCCUUCCGGUCCCACGCGGACUGCUGGCUCCCGUGUGACUCGGGAAGCUGGUCGCACUUUGAGCCUUUGCGAGCCUGCGCCUCUGGAUGUAGCCAAAGGGUGGGGUUCACAAGCAGCAACGUAUUUAUUCGAA